AGUGACGUGGCCUUGUAACGCGUAUGUGUCCGUUUCUUCCGGCCCGAGCCCGAAAUCAUCCUUCGUCUUCAACACCAACUCACGGCUCCUAUCAACCGGCUUUUCCAGGCAUAGUGUCGCGCGGCGAGAUUGCUUCGAUCACAUUCAUUCGGAUGCUGACGAGUAUGAAAGCCUGCUUACCAGCUUCCGUGCAUUUGUCCAAUUCGUUGUUCCUCGUUUUUGUCACUUAAUCCACAGCUAGACCUUCUUAUAGUCACUAACGAGAUCACUCAAGACAAUCGACAACCAUCUCGGAAUCACUCGCGACACUAAAUGCCGGCAGUACUAUGCGAGGACUGGUUACUGUUACAAUAGAGUACAAAACAGCUCGACAGGAGUAUUAAUUUUUGGACGGUGGUCUGAUCCCGGCUCUGGUAGUAUUGCGUCUUUCUCGCUGGACCGUCGUAUCGCGGAUGGAGUGGAGCAAAUGGAUUCUGCUCCCGCUGCUCGCAGUCAGCGUGAUCGGCGCCGCGAUUCCCGCGGGCGAGGGGAUGCCUCAGGUUACCCCGGAAUUGGCGGAGGCAGCGAAGAGGCUGCACGAGGUGUGGACCAAGGUGUAUAACCUGGCAGAGGACACCACCCGCUCCCCCUCCCCUCUCGCCUUCCCUGCGGACGUCCCCCCGGCGCCUCACCUGGAGGAUUGCACCGCCAAGACGGCGUUGAGGGUUAAAGCAGAGGCGAGGGGGGCGAAUGGUGCGGACCCAGAGUGGGUGCGACCCACCAAAUGCUGCAACUGCACGCCACAGCCACCUUGGGUCCGUGGCUCUGAUGCGGCCAAUCUUGCGCUGACACGUGUCUUCCAGCGGGACCUGUGGGAGCGGCAGUUUCCCGCCAGCUGUGCCGGGCGGCGGCUAAUGAUUACUGACUGGCCGCCCAAGCACCACGGCACGGGCAACAUGGUGCAUGUGAUGGGGUCGUUCCUCAAUGCCGCUGUGCGCCACAACCGGACUCUGGUCAUCCGCCCUCGCACCUUCCACCGGGCUAGCGGGGAGGAGUGCAAAGAUAUCGGCCAGGAGGGCGAGUGGGAGUGCUACUUCUUCCCUGUAGCAUCUCCAGAGUGCCUCAAGGUGGCUCUGGCAGCAGAGGCAGCAGCGCCGAUCGCUCUGUUCAACGACACCAAGGAGACGGUGCUGGCUUCAGCUACUCUAGUGGUGAUCUGCAACGACACGCACUACCACCACGAUGCUGCCAGGGCUGCAAGCCUCUGGGUUGCGCCUGACGGCCGGCCUCCCGAGCUAGAGCAGCCGUUCACCAUCGAGCAGCUGGGGAGGAUAUGGCCUCCCAAUGACAACCACAUUGGGGAGCGCUGGUGGCGGUCCCAAACUGCACGUUUUCUUCUCCGUUGGCCAUCCGCCCUGCUCUGCCACAUCACCAACCGCGUGCGGCACAACACCUACGGGCUAGCUGUAGCGGAGCGACUAGUAGCCGCUACAGCCAAACAGCAAUCGAUCCUCCAAUCCACACCCGCCAACACCCCGGCAUCCCAACACCUGGCUAGUCUCCCGGACGGCUCAUCUGCCACCCCUCCCUCCGUCGUUUUUAAAUCAAGUCUAGCCGGGACUGUAUGGCAAAUGAGGGGGUUUGCGGGGUGUAUGGGAGCGUGGUGUAACGAAACGGAGGUGUGCGCGGGGGCGGGGAGUGCGAACGCGGGGGGAGGGGCGGCGGUGGAGUUUGCCUCAUUACAAGAUGAACCGUUUAUAUUCCGGCCGUACGUGAGCCUGCACGUGCGGCUGAGCGACAAAUACCUCGAGAUGAAGCUACACUUUUUUGCGACUUACAUGUAUUUUAUGUACAAGUUACGGGAGCAUGUGCCGAACCUGGAGCAUGUGUGGCUGAGCACAGAAAUGCAGAGUGUGAUUGACGAAACCUCCAACUUCCCUGACUGGACCUUCCACUACACGACAAGCGGGCGCGUUACAAGUGCAACGCAGAUGCAGGAGGAGCACGUGAAGGACAAGCAGCGCACAGGCGAGAUUUUUGCCAAUCUGCUCAUCACCACGCAGGCGGAUUACUUUGUGGGCGCACUCGCGUCGAACUGGAACCGUCUGAUCGACGAGCUGAGAUCGACCAAUGGGAGGCUGUACUCGGGACAUGUGGCGCUGAACGAGGCCUGGACGUAACACUUAUGACUGGCUUAUACGGUAGCAUACGUUUUCAGCACAUUUGGUUGGCCGGAUCAAACAGCCUAUAAUCGCAUCUCAGAUGGGACGGUAGUUGCAUGUAAUACGGUAGCAAUGUGAAGACCUGCAAAAUAAAUCUUACUUUAUGGUACCUAGACAUGAGGUACUCAGCUAUCAACCUCCCAACUU